CCUGGGAAUGGAUGUUGAAGUGGCAACGAAAUUCGACCCGAUUUUGGGGCGAGUCGGUUGACGCGGACGUCGACAGUCAUGACAGCGACAUUGCCAGUCCCUACGUCGGCGAUCGUGGGUGGCGUCAAGAACGUCCUGCAUGGAAACGCCAGCACCAUUCUCACGACAGCGACGCAGAUCUAUGGUCCGUUUCUGCUUGGCGGGUUCCUUCUUUUCGAGGUCCUGCGACGAUGCUUCCCGAACCUGUACACUUGUCAACCGACCAGUGUCCCCGUUGUCAGCUUGCAGUGGCUGCCGCACGUAUGGGCCGUCACGGAUGACAAAAUUAUGGACCAGUGCGGCCUCGACACGCUCAUCUUUCUCCGUUUCCUACGUGUUGGGAAGCACCUUGCGUCGUUUGCGAUCGUCGUCUCCAUCGGCCUCUUCCCGGCAUACUCGAGCACGAGGCUUCUGGAACAAGAAGACUUUGUCGAUCGCUUGACUAUCAGCGGCCUGCAGCGGAACGAUCCGCGACUGUGGGCCACCGUGUUCGCCGCCGUCGCGAUGACGUUCUUCACGAUGUACUGCAUUGCUCGCGAAUGCCAGGUCUACAAAGAGCGGCGUCACCAGUUCCUCGCGCGAGCCAGUACCCAGCAAUACAGCGUGCUCAUCGACAACAUCCCGACGCAUCUGCGGUCGCACACAGCGCUGAAGCGCUACUUCAAUGCGAUUUUUCCCAACCAAGUCCAGUUUUGCUACAUCGCGGUCGAGUGCCGCGAGUUGGAGCGUCUGGUGGCCCAGCGCGAAUCGGUGCGAAAUGCGUUGGAGCAUGCGCUUGUUGUCCUGCGCCGCACGUCCCGCCGACCCACGCACUGGCAGUGGCGACGAUGGUGUUCCGUCAAGACGGUGGACUCCAUCGCCACGUACGAAGGUGAGCUGCGCCAACUCAACGACGACGUGUUGAUUGCUAUUCGCGACAUUGAAGCCCAGCAAAAGCACGGCAGCUUUACGUUGAACACAACCCCGGCAUCCCGUCAACUCGAGGACGGACUCCAUGGCCUCCAGCCAGCCGCCGCCGUGGACAGACUUGACGAAGCAACUCCGCUUCUCCGGCCGUCGUCGGACGUGCUUCUCCCGCUGGCGAACCUCCUCCCCGACCUCUCCUCGACCAAGGUUCUGCGCCGAUCUGCGUUUGUCACGUUCUCGACGCUGCAAGCCACCAACACAGUCCAGCAGAUCGUGCAAACGGCAACCCCUCACGAGAUGCAAAUUCAAGAGGCCCCACCGAGCGAAGACAUUGUGUGGGCCAACGUUGGCACGUACACGUACGAGCAGCGCGACUUUUUCUCGCUCGUGGCGAUCGGUGCGACGGCCGUGUUGAUAUUGUUUUGGACCGUGCCAACGACGCUGGUCGUGGCGUUGUCGUCGGUGGAUUCGCUGCGCCGCGUGGUCCCCAACUUGGACCAAGUACUCGACGCCGUACCGUGGCUAGAAGCGAUGCUGCAACAAUUGAGUCCCUUGGGUUUGGUAGUCAUGAACAGCCUCGCGCCGCUCCUGCUCCGACUCAUCUCGCAUGGCGAAGGUCAUGCGUCGCAAAACGCGAUCGAGGCCUCGGUGUUUGCCAAAGUGGUGGCAUUUCAGCUCGUCCAGACGUUCUUUGUCGCGUCGGUGGCUGGAUCGCUGUCCGCCAUCGCCGACAAGAUCCAACAGAUCAUCGAAGAGCCGCUUCAGGUGAUUCCGAUGCUCGGCCGGUCGAUUCCGGGGCAAAGCACGCUCUUUGUGUCGUUUAUCCUGGUUCAAACGGGGCUGAGCCUCAUGUUGCAGCUGCUUCGGGUCGUCCCGCUGCUGUGUGGGUUCCUCUACUGGGCGCUGUCGCCCAACCUAACGGCGCGCGAAAAGACUGCGCCGUGGUGGGGCCUCACCCCCGCGACCACGAGCACCCGCUUUGACUUUACCACGACGCUGGCGCAGCACUUGUUGAUCUUUGUCCUUGUCCUCACGUUCGCCCCGCUCGCACCGGUCGUGUCGAUUGCCGGUGGCAUCUUCUUCGUUGUGUCCGAUACAGUCUACCGCCGCCAGUUGCUGUGCGUAUUCGUCCCGACGACCCACUCGACAGGACUCCACUGGCCCCAGCUCUACUCGUUCUUGAUCACGGGGCUCUUUAUCAGCCAGACGACGCUGGUCGGCGUACUGACGCUUAAGCAAGCGCCGACGCCGGCGGCCAUGGCGCUCGUUUUGCUCUUCCUGACGGCUCUAUUCCACUCGUGGAUUCGCAAGUCGUACCCGAGUGUGUCCGAGUACCUUCCGGCCGAGGUGUGCGUGGCACUGGACAACCAGCGCCGCCGCAGCUCGUCGCUGCCGCAUUUGGACCGAUCCAUCUACAAGCAGCCCGCGAUGACGCAAAAGGCGCCGCUGUCGCCCCAACGGUCGUGAAGGCAUUGCAUGCUAAACUGAAGUACACAUGUGACUACAUGGCA